AUGCUGUUCAACGCCCUCUUGCUCCUAGCCUCAGCGGCACUCAUCAGCGGCGUGGUUUGCGAAGAUGCCCUCAGCAAGCCUGCUCUCGGUCCGUCCCUGGACAGGCUGAGCAUUGCCGCUAAGCUGGAGAGUGAGCUGACGGCCACAAAGACCGUUGCGAACUCGUCGUCGACCUGGUCAAGCAGUACCAUCCCGGAGGCCUUCCAGACGGAAGCGGCCAACUACGGCUUCAAUGGCGAUGACAUGGAGGCCUUCGAUGUCCAGCUGGAAGACUGCAGUGAGAAGUGGACGUUUUGCCGGCACCAGCAGGCUUCCAUUCAGAAGCACAAGAUCAUCGAGUUAUUCAGCAAGCUGCCGCUCGGCAUGCGGAACUACGUCAAGCACCUCGUAAUCAUUCCGGGCCUGCUCGACGGCAAGUGGGCGGGCAUGACACUCGCCGGCAUCUCGGUUUUCGACGAUUCACAAUUGAACCUGUAUAUACCAUCCCCCACCCCCUAA